AGCUAAUAUAUGUUAAUUAAUUUUUAAAAUGCAGGAUGCUUAAAUCAAAUCCAAUGUUUUUAAAAAGGUUUCAAGGUCAUAAAUGGUUAUCAUCAGUUAAGUGGUUAUCAUCAGUUUCUCAAUCUUUGCAGGAGGAAUGGAGGCGAAGAUUCACUGAGAAUAAUAUUGAAAAUCCAUUAGGAUCAGUUAGAGAAUUAACAAAGUUUGCAAGAAAAAAUGCAUUUCAGGAUAAGAAUGCUGAUGCAAUAUUUAAUUCUCUUUGCACUCGAAGAUUAAACAGGGAGCCUUUGCAAUAUCUAAUAGAAGAAUGGGAUUUUCGUUUAAUGACCUUGAGUAUGAAAAAACCUGUGUUUAUACCAAGACCUGAGACUGAAGGACUUAUUGAUAUUGUAAAGCCCUAUUUAAAAAAAGAUUCUAAAUUUCUGGAAGUGGGUUGUGGAAGUGGUGCUAUCUCAUUGGCAUUUUUAACAGAAUUAUCUACAGUUAGAUGCAUAGCACUUGACAAAAAUCAAGAUGCUGUUAGUUUGACUCAGGAAAAUGCACAGAAACUGGGAGUUGCUGAUCGAAUAAAUGUCCUCCACAAAACAUUGGAUGAACUUACAUUAUUAGAUGCGGGUGGAGAGAAAUUUGAUAUGUUAAUCAGUAACCCACCUUACAUUCCUCACAAAGAAAUGGCUUUUUUACAAGAGGAAGUGAAAAUCUAUGAACACCAUGAUGCAUUAGAUGGUGGAUAUGAUGGUUUGGAAGUUAUUCGAUCAAUUUUAAGAUCUGCACAUAAGUUUGUCUGUUCUCAAGGGUACGUGUGGCUUGAAGUUGAUGUUUCUCAUCCUACAAUGAUAGAAGAAUUUGUACUUUCAAAUCCUUCAAUUGGUUUAAAGUUUGUUUUAACUUUCAACGAUUGUUACAAUAGACCCAGAUUUUGUCAACUUCAAUGUGCUUCGUAGAAAAGCUGUUCAACAAAAUAAAAUCUGUUUUUUAUUGAAUACUUCGUAAACAAGUACAAAGCUUCGUAAGCAAGUACAAAGCUUCGUAAACAAGUACAAAGCUUCGUAAACAAGUACAAAACUUUAUAAAACUUUUAACAAGGAGAUAAAAAUGAGGCGUUAUU